CGCGCUGCCAACAUAUAAUUCAGCAGCCUGUGCGGGUAAAAUCGCCCAACAUGGCACCAUAAAACUGGGUAAAAAACACGGUUUCAUGCUCCAUAGGUGACCGGAGUCAGGCAGCUUUUUUCCCGGGAAACACCGCCGCCUGUGCGGGGUCUGGAGCGGCGACAAUGAGCUCGGAGCACCGGAGCGACAGCGAGGACGCGGCGGAGGAGGAGAGGCCCAACAGCGGCUCCAGCGACAAAGAGGAGGACCCCGACCUGGACGACUCGGAUGCGGAGGAUGAAAUCGCCCCGACAGUGUCUCCUUCGCCCCCGGGGAGCGGUGGGAUCAGGCCGGAGCGCAGAGCGAGGUCCGCGGCGUCAGAAGCGGGAGGAGAGCCGCGCUGCGAUCCUGCCGCGUCCACCGCGCCGCAGCCGGGGAGCGGCGAGACGGCAAGCGCGGAGCUCCGCAGCGGCAACAGUGUGUUCUCCUGGCUGCAGAGCAGGACUAUAAGACGGGGGGUGUUUGUGGACCCUGCCCGGGAUAACUUCCGGACAAUGACCAGUUUGUACUGCUCGAUGAACCCGGCCGCGGAGUCUGUGAACCUGAGCACUCAGACCCAUGGAGCGGUGUUCAACCUGGAGUACUCCCCCGACGGGUCGGUGCUGACGGUGGCCUGCGAGCAGACGGAGGUCCUGCUGUUCGACCCCAUCUCCUCCCGACACAUAAAGACUCUGACGGAGGCUCACGAGGACUGCGUCAACAACAUCAGGUUUUUGGACAAUCGUCUGUUCGCCACCUGCUCCGACGACACCACUAUUGCAUUGUGGGACCUCCGUAAGCUGAACUCGAAGGUGUGUUCGCUGCACGGCCACGCCAGCUGGGUGAAGAACAUCGAGUACGACACCAACACCAAACUGCUCGUCACCUCGGGGUUCGAUGGCAACGUCAUCACGUGGGACACCAACAGGUUCACGGAGGACGGCUGCCCGCACAAGAAGUUCUUCCACACGCGGUACCUGAUGAGGAUGCGCCUGACGCCCGACUGCUCCAAGAUGCUCAUCUCCACGUCCUCGGGGUACCUGCUGAUCCUGCACGACCUCGACCUCACGCAGUCUCUGGAGGUCGGCAGCUACCGCAUGCUGCGAGCCCGGAGGACCCCCCUCAGCUCGGACGGAGGCUCGUCAGCGUCUCGGUCGGCAGGAGCUCCUCGUCACGGAAACGACUCGAGCAAGAUCCACGCUCCCAGAGAAGGUCUGGCUCCCAGGAACAGUCUGGAGGUUUUGACUCCAGAGAUCCCUGGAGAGAGGGACAGAGGAAACUGCAUCACGUCUCUGCAGCUGCACCCGAAGGGCUGGGCGGCGCUGAUCCGCUGCUCCAGCAACAUGGACGACCAGGAGUGGACCUGUGUCUACGAGUUCCAGGAAGGCGCCCCCUCCCGCCCGCUGGUCUCCCCCCGCUGCUCGCUCCGCCUCACCCACUACAUCGAGGAGGCCAACGUGGGCCGGGGCUACAUCAAGGAGCUGUGCUUCAGCCCCGACGGGCGGCUCAUCUGCUCCCCGUACGGCUACGGCGUGCGGCUGCUGGCCUUCGACGAGAGCUGCGGCGAACUGUCCGACUGCCUGCCCGUGCAGACCUCCGUGCUGAGGGAGAUCCGCUCGCUCUACUCCCACAGCGACGUGGUGCUGACCACAAAGUUCUCCCCCACGCACUGCCAGCUGGCCUCAGGGUGUCUCAGCGGCCGCGUGGCCCUCUACCAGCCCAAGUUCUAACGGAAAGAACCGCGAUCUGCAGACCUGGGGCAGAAACACUGAUCAGGGUUCAUGUGCAAGUAGAGAAACGUCCAGAAAUAGAGUUGAUUUCUACGAUUUCUCUCCAUCAGCCCAAGUUCUAACAGAAAGAACCACAAUCUGCAGACCUGGGGCAGGAACACUAGUCAGGGCUCAAUCAGUCAAUCAAUCAAUCUUCAUUGGUUCAU